ACGUUGAAGAUCCGCCAUUUGACGCAGGCUAGAACGCUUUAUAUCGCCUAUAAAGACCGGCGGAUCCAAUCACCCAGCAACAAUUUCUUCUUCUCUCCGUCGAUUGAUAUCAGAGCCAGAACAAUGUCUCAGACUGUUGUCCUUAAGGUUGGUAUGUCAUGUGAAGGCUGCGCCGGAGCAGUGAGGAGAGUUUUGGGGAAAAUGGAAGGUGUAGAAUCAUAUGAUAUAGAUAUGAAGGAGCAAAAAGUGACAGUAAAAGGAAAUGUGCAGCCCGAUGCAGUUCUGCAGACUGUAUCAAAGACUGGAAAGAAAACUGCCUUCUGGGAGGCAGAAGCACCAGCAGCACCUGAGGCAAAGUCUGAUGAAGCACCAGCAGAAUCCGAGACAAAAAAACUGUAGAAACUUUAGCUACUGCUUAAAAAUAUGUUAACUAUUUUAUUGUAUGGUGAACUCUCUACCUAUUGUACCUUGGUAUAUAACUUCAAAUCAACCUGGAAACUACAAUAAGCUCAUUAGGUGCUUGUCAUUUUACAUUCUCUAUUUGAAUUUGAAUAGAAGGUGAUCUUUUUGUGUUUAUGUUCUCUAGGAUUGUUUGUUAAAUUUGUUUAUCAAUUUCAACCUUAAUAAAUAUGGAGCCAUAGA